AUGGAGUACAGUGUUGUUGAAUUUACUGAUGGCAUCAAUCUAGUUCCUACAAUUUGGUUAGCUGCAGAUCGCAAAAAAUGUCAUUGGCCUUUAAUUGAAAACAAAAUGAUAUAUUCUAAAAUGGUAUCAAGUCAAGUUGUGCCUAGGUCUAAUGAUCCAUCUUGGGGAAUAUAUCCUAUCAAAAAAGUUUUGUGCAGAACAAACACAUACCAAGAAGGAAUGCAUAAAUUAAAAAUAGCUGAAAAGUAUUCAGAAGUAGAAAGUGCUAGUGAUGCAGAUCCUAAGGCUAAACGAGCUAAAAGGCAACUAAGAGCAAAAAAAAACUUAUUUAAUAAAUUAUCCGAAUCUGAUUCUGAUAGUACUACAAGCGACCAAAAAGAUGAUGAUAUUGAAAAUACAAAUUUGUUAAAAACUCAAUCAACUUCUGAAGACCAAACUCAACAUAAUGUACAUGAAGAUAUUAUAAUUUCUCAGUUUCCACUGUUUCCAGAUCCAAUCGUUGAAACAAUUAAUUUCACUCCUAAAUCGAUGACAAAAAAAGUUCAAAGUUCAAAUAUAUGCCAAACUGAAAUAAAUAAACAAAAGUCAUCUGAAAAAGUACUUGUUCGUUUUACUAAGGCUGAUCUAACCAACAAAAUGUAUGGAGAUAUUGUUGCAAAGUGGUUGGUUCAAGCUCCACAGAGAUUUAAAAGAGAAGAAGCAUAA